AAAUUUAUUUUGGCCGCUUGUAUCUGUGACCUCGUUCUUUCGGUCAUGACCCAAAGCUCAUGACAUAGAUGAGGAUAGGAAUGUAGAUUGACCGGUAAAUCGAGAGCUUCGCUUUUUGGCUCAGCUCUCUCUUCACCUCGACAGACCAGUACAGCACCCACUUCACUGCAGACGCUGCGCCAAUCCGCCUGUCAAUCUCCCGCUCCACUUGGGGCAGGAUAUCCUCCCCGACCCGAAGAAGGCGCUCUAUUCUUUUCCCAGCUCAUUUAUUUAUAUAGCUAUGAAUUUUUAUUUUAUUUAGAUGAUGAAAGAAAGAACCUUGAACACAUUGAUAAACAGGUUUUGCAUGUCAUUCAACACUUUCUCUCUCUUUUGGUUUUCUCACCAAGGGUGUCAAAGACACAGACAAACAAUAAACAUGCACAAUAAAAUAUAGGCAGUAAUGUUAGCUAGCUUGGUUAGAUAACUAGUGUUAGCUAAUUUUGAAGAAGGCUAAUAUGUUAAUUUGUGACAAUAACACUGUCACAGCACUGAUCGAUACAUGCACAUUUGUGAGGUAAGAAAUAAAGAUAAUACUUGUAUGUAAGAGUUCUUGUUGUGUAAAAUAUUAUUACUCAGGGUGACACUUAGGACUCAGUGGGAAUGGUUCACAAAAAAUAUUCUCCUGACAGUCACAGUUGGUAAGAAACAAAGAUUCCCAUUAAAUUCCAUAGGAAAUGAAUGCGGGCCAUUUUUGGCCCACUCACGGAAGAAAGGGGCAGUAAUAAAAAAACAUGCUAUUUCUUAAAAGGUAAAUUAAAAAUUAGAAUCGCAUGAUAUUAGUAAUAUGUUUUUUGAGGAAUACCUGGAAUACGAAGUGAUGAAAACUUUUCAUUACAAAGAUCGUGCAGAAAAAUGACCUCACCUGGUCAAAAAAGCCCAGUGAGUGCUUUUUUGCCCACUUAAGCAUCAGAGGAUUGAGAGAGAAUAGAAAGUGGCAACUGAGCCAGAAGAGUUAACUACAUAUGAGUGAGAAUAGUUUGCCAAGCAAAAGAAAUGAGGGGAUGAAAAACAGCUGGCAUACAGGGGCUGGUCAAAAAAUUUGAAUAUCAUGGUCACAGGAUGGUCCUGCACCUUCAAUGGCACACAGAUUUAAAUUCCCAUCUUUGGAAUAUAGUAAAUUAUUGAUCAGGUGACCUUUUUUAAUAAGAGGUACAAAAUGUCAGAGUUGUGUAACAAAUUAGUUCAAGUGUAAAUUAUUUUUAAAAAUUGCAGAGGGCAGAUAUAAUUUUCUAUUCUAAAAUAAGUUUGAGUUUACUCAGUAUUACCAGGUAUUCUGAAUUUAAAUCACUGAACAUUUGUGCUACACUUAAUGCUGUUAAAGUUAUCUAUUUACAGCAAUAUGUCACUUUUAAGCUGUGUUAACUUCAUUUUGUACUUUUUCUUUGUCUUGUUGAAACACGUACCAAAGGGUAAGUGCUGAGCUCACAUGCAUUACCACAGUCCUGCUUAUCUCAAAGUCUAUGGUAGCUAUAGCUGGAUGAUUAACCUGACAAGUUGGCCAGAAUGCUUCAUAAGAGAGGAAAUGAAGGGCACAAAAUCUAAAACAUUAUGGCUGUCAUUGACCAGAACGAUUCCAUCACAACUGAAUAUCUUGCAGCCGCCAUGGACUGGCUUUGUAUCUCAGUCAAGAUCCUGAAAAGCUAUUGAAGGGGUACAGUGAUUGGUACUUGACACCCUUGCGGAAGUUAAACAACUAAAGGGUCACCUGUCUACACCUUGCAUGACAGGUUUCAGUAUGUGGUACCUGAGAAAGACGGUGCUGCUCGCUAUCCUGGUAUCUGUGGUGCUGGUACUGGUUCUGCUUCACUCAUGGUCCACUUGUGCCUACAACACGGUGGACCUGUGGCAACGGCUCGGGGCGACAAAGGAAAGGCACCUGGAGGAGAGGCUCCCAGAACCGGACACGCGGCUGAGCAGCGUUCCCUUUCAAAUCAGGAAAAGUGUAUCAGACUUGCUGGAACAUAAUGGGUGCGUUUGUGAGGCUGAGACACCAGUAGAAAACCUGCACUUUGACCAGCUGCUGUUCCCAAAGUUGCCAGCUCACUCUCUGCACACUGCCUCCAACACCUCUGAGCUGGGGAAAAUGAAGAUGAGACGAGCUAAGGAGUACAAAGCUUUCCAACAGAGAUCCAAGACUGCUGCAGACACGCUCAUAAUCACCAAGGCCAAUAAUCCCCUACAGUAUCCAACACAGGGGGUGGAAGUACGACCCCUGAAAACAAUCAUCAUCCCAGGCUUGGCCUUGCAUGACCUACCCAGAGACCAUUACACAAUAAACAUUACUGCCACACUAGGAACACUAAACGUAGAAGCAGAAGUGGAGGGAGUGAAAAUAAAAGGUGAUGGAGGGAUGCAUAUGAGUCUGUCCAGCAGUUUGCUGCUGAACUUGAACCGACAGCUGCAGUUUGUCACCUACACAAACACAAAAUAUCAUCCCAACACUGCAGACACAGUGGAGCUUGAGACAGAAGGUCAUCAAGCUGCUUUCAGCAUCAAGAUCCGUCAUGGAGUAACUCCAAAACUUUACAACACUGGACCUCAGGAAGAGUACAACGUCAGCAAGUUUGUUACCAUAGCAACAAAGACCUUCCUGCGUUAUGAAAAGCUUCAAAAGCUUAUUGACAGUAUCAGAAAAUACUAUCCCACAGUCACGAUAGUAAUUGCUGAUGAUAGCGACAAUCCAAAAACCAUUUCUGGGCCUUACAUCGAGCAGUACAUCAUGCCUUUUGGGAAGGGUUGGUUUGCUGGACGAAACCUGGCUGUUUCUCAGGUCACAACCAAAUAUGUGCUUUGGGUGGACGAUGACUUCCUCUUCACGGCCAAUACCAAGCUGGAGAAGCUUGUAGACGUUUUAGAGAGGACCACUCUGGAUCUGGUUGGGGGUGCAGUAGAUGGUGGUACCUUCAGACAAACCAUGUCCAUCGAGCCAGGAGAGGACGACGGAGACUGCUUGCACAUCAGAAGAGGAUUUCAUCAUGUAAUUGAGGGAUUUCCUCACUGUGUUGUGACGGAUGGGGUCAUUAAUUUCUUCUUGGCUCACACGGAUAAAGUCCGACAGGUCGGCUUUGACCCCCGCCUCAACAGGGUAGCUCACAUUGAGUUUUUCAUCGACGGCCUUGGAUCUCUCUAUAUUGGCUCCUGCGAUGACAUCACCAUCGAUCACCAACCCAAAGUCAAUCAACCACCGGCCAGUCAGACCUACAACGAGAAUAUGUACAACAUGUUUCGAAACCCUAGUACCUUCUCUGACUCCCAAAAUAUAAAAUACGGCCUGAUGUACUUCAAAAACCGUUUGCAGUGCCAGACUCGUAAUUAGCAUUCGCAUCUGCCCUGGUCUCUCUGAAGGUUUGUCUGUUCUUCCUGAAUCUGCAAAGAUGUUUUUCUCCACCCUGCACUGACAGAUAAAACUUGUGGCAGCUUGGUUUGUUCUGCUGUUAUCUGCCUUUGAGGCAGUUCUGUAAAAACCUCAAGAGGGUUGAUGGGAUUUAUUCUGGAAUGACGACAGAAAUCUGGUUUCACCUAGACCACAGGUGUCAAACUCCAGUCCUUAAGGGCCGGUGUCCUGGAGUUUUUAGAUGUGCCACAGGUACAAAACACUGGAAUGAAAUGGCUUAAUUACCUCC